GAGACCGAAUACUGCAUAUCAGUCUUGUUUUGAUAGACCAUAAGGAUAGCAACCAUGUCUCGCGUUAUUUUCGCUCUUCUUGUCCUCGUGGCGGUCGCUUCUGCUCUACCAUCAAACAGACAAUGUAAUGAAAACGAACAAUUCACGACUUGUGGUUCAGCUUGCGAGCCUGCUUGUGGUGUUAGACAAAGUGAAAUUUGUACUUUGCAAUGCAUAAUCGGCUGUCAAUGUAAAGAAGGAUUCCUCAGACAAGCUAAUACCGGUGCAUGUGUUAGUCCUCAAAAUUGUUAAAUGAAACAAAAAGGUUUUAUUGGUGUAGGAGUAGUACUAUGUACGCUGUUAACUAUCAAAAUKAAUUAAUUUUACGCUUAAAUCUUUGCCGU